ACGAAUGACUGUCGGCUCAUCUUUACGGAAGUUUGUUUAGUUUGAAAAAAACACUUGAAUAAGGAAACCAGGAAUUAAACUAACAAAGUCUGAGCACAGCGGAUAAAUGAGAAGUUUAUUUUUCAGUGUUCAGUAAGUAAAAGCUGAAAUGUCUCACAUUAAAGAGUACGUCGACAAACUGACCCGUGUUUAUGAGCGGUACAUCGAGUACGUGAGAAGGAACCCAGCUGCUACAGCACAGCUGGAGAGCACCGUGCGGACACUGUCAUACCUGAUCGCAGGGCGAUUUGCAGACUCCCAUGAAAUAUCUGAACUUGUUUACUCUGCCUCCAAUCUCCUGGUGCUUUUCAAUGACAGCAUUCUGCGCAAAGGGCUGAGAUGUUCCCUCCCUGUGUCUCUCUCUCAGCAGAGGCUCCUGACCUGGCUGUCUGUGCUGGAGUACGUGGAGGUUUUCCUGGAGAUAGGAGCCUGUAAGCUGUGGGGUGAAGUCGGCCGCUGGCUGGUGAUCGGACUCAUUCAGAUUUUUAAGACAGUUUUUCGCAUCGUGCUUCUUUUGUGGUAUAAAUCUGGUAUCCAGACUUCACCUCCCAUAAUCCCCCUCGACAGAGGUGCAGAACUUGGCAUUGAAGAUGAUGGUAAUGGGGAGGAGCAAGAUGACACGUGCUUUGUGGGCCAGAGGUCAGGACGAGUCAUCAGGCCACUGGGCAGUGGCCUGUCCCUGCAGGCCCGGCUGUGGGGGGCACCAGGUCAGAGGAAGAGGAGAAACAGCAGCUUGAGGGAGAAGCUCCACAGCAAACCAACACACCUGGGGCUCCAGCAGACCAUCGCUGAGUCUGUGUACAUCAGUCGGCCUCUCGUACACUUACUCUGCCUCGCUGUGUGUGGAAAACAGUCCUGGAAGCCGUGGCUCGUCUCCGGAGUCCUUGAACUUUCCAGCUUCGCUGUGCUCAAUGAAACCAAAUUUCAGAAUCGAUGGGAGAGAGCAGAGAUGAGGAGGAGAACCUUUCUUCUGCUGUAUUACCUUCUGCGCUCACCCUUCUAUGACAAAUACUCUGAGGAAAAGAUUCUCUUCCUGCUCAGAGUCCUGGCUGAUCAUGUUCCAGGAAUAGGACUUAUUGCACGCCCUCUGAUGGAUUACCUUCCCACCUGGCAGAAGAUCUACUUCUACAACUGGGGAUAAAACCUGCUGGACGUGUCUGGAUCUUUUGGGG